AUGAGUGGACUGCGCAGGCACUUCACCAUGGGACUGGUGCUGCUGAUGUGCACGCUCACCGGCCACUGCGGCGAGAGCGCGCCCUCGGCGGCGCCGGCGACGGCCGCGGCCGGCAGGGAGGCGCAGCUGGACUUGAGGCAGGUGGUAGAGAUCGUGAGGCACGCGGAGGAGAGCCGGGGUCGGCAGAGCGCGAGGACGGACGCCCCGUCGACGUCGCGGGCGAAGACCUCAUCUCCGGUGGCGCCAAAGGAUUUACGCAGCUUGAAAAAGGACAGAGGAGAUCAGGCUGUCGCUGUGUUCCCCAGAGAUCUCAGAAAGAAGGAGAAAUUCCUAAAACAUAUAACAGGUCCGCUCUACUUCAGUCCCAAGUGCAGGAAGCAAGUGUACAGAGUCUACCACCACACCAGAGACUGCACAAUACCUGCAUACUUCAAAAGAUGUGCGCGGCUUCUCACACGGCUAGCCGGCAGCCUGCAGUGCACAGAGGGGUAG